GACUUCUCUGUUUCAUAUCAUUCUUGGGUUUUCUUGCUUUCUAUCGUUUCCCAUCGCCAUCUUCAUACUCAAAUAAUACUCUCUGCCUGCCUCCCUUCCUCCCUCUCUCUCUCUCUUUCUGAGAAAUCAAGAAAUGGUGGAUCAUCCGGCGGUGUGCUGCAUGUGCGGCGACGUCGGCUUCCCGGAGAAGCUCUUCCGCUGCAGCCGGUGCUGCAACCGCUACCAGCACUCGUAUUGCAGUAACUACUGUAGCGAGUCAUCGGAGCCGAUCGAGCAGUGCGACUGGUGCCAAAGCGAGCUCAGGAGCUCGUCAAGACACCGCGGCAGCUCUUCUCGGAAAGUGGCGGCUGGGAACGACAGCGGGGUCACGAAAUCAGAGUACUCCGGCGGCGAGAAGAUAAAGCAGCAACAUCGGGACGACGCCCCCGCCCCCGUCGAGAAGGGAACCGUGAGGAACCCGGGCGGCGCGCCGUCGCCUCGCACGGCGACGCGCAGGUACAAGCUCCUCAAGGAUGUCAUGUCUUAGUGAGAGACGAGCAACCUCGGUACAAACACCACAUACUAUGUUCAAGAUUACCCUUUUGUUUUCAGUGUGUCAUCUUAUGUCUGUUUUGAUCAUUUCAGUGUUUUUUUUCUUUGAAAGAAUGAUCACUAGGUUUUGUGUGGGCAGCUUGGGUUGAUUUCGAGUUAGUGGAUAAGAAAUUGUGAUGUAAUGGGUAAAAAUAGCGGAAUUAUUCAAUAAUCCUCUCAAA